GAUAAGCAGCUGCCUUAUUCGGCCUGUGCUCAUCUCAGACAGACUGUGGACGCACACCGGGUCGCAUCCAGGCACUUCUGCACUCCAGCCUGCAACCACUUCUGCAUCCCAAAACCAGAGGCUGACUGGACAUGGAGAUGGAGAAGGAGGUCCUGAAAUAUGAGGAGGGCUUUAACAGGGCUGCGGGGGCCAUCAGCCGCUUCCCCUUAAUUGAACUGAAAGGUGUUCCCCUCAGGAAUUACAUCGUUCAGAACUGGAGCUCCAUCUCAGCCUUCGAACCCGACCCAACUGACCUGCUCAUAGCCACCUACCCCAAAGCAGGAACAACUUGGGCCCAGGAGAUUGUGGAUCUGUUGCUGCAUAAUGGAGACUCAGAGGCCUGUAAGAGAGGUCCAACUGUUGACCGCUUCCCAUUCCUGGAGAUCCAGUACCCUCCACCUAUUCCAUCUGGGCUUGACCUUCUAAAGAAAAUGAAACCCCCCAGGUUCAUCAAGACACACCUGCCCAUUCAGCUGGUUCCUGAGGGAUUCUGGAAGCAUAAAUGCAAGGUGAUUUACGUGGCUCGGAAUGCUAAGGACAACCUGGUCAGCUACUACCAUUUUCACCGUAUGAAUAAGGCUCAGCCAGAUCCAGGAACCUGGGAUGAAUACAUACAGAAUUUCAUGAGGGGAAAAUUGGCCUGGGGUUCAUGGUAUGACCAUGUGAAAGGAUACUGGAAGGAAAGAGAGAAGAAGAACAUUCUAUAUCUUUUCUAUGAGGACAUGAAAGAGAACCCUCGCCAGGCAGUAGAGCAGAUUAUGCGCUACCUGGAUCUGUCAGUGAGUAAAGAGGUGAUUGAAAAGAUCGUGCAGCUGACGUCUUUCAACAGUAUGAAGGACAAUCCGAUGGCCAACUACACUUUUAUCCCAAAGAUAAUGUUUGACCACUCCGUCUCCGCCUUCAUGAGAAAAGGGGAGGUUGGAGACUGGACCAACCAUUUCACUCCAGCUCAAUCCCAAGUGUUUGAUGAGGACUAUGUCAGACAAAUGGCUGAUGUGGACAUGCCCUUUCGCACCAGCCUGUAACAAUUUACUCCAUAACAGACAUCCCCAAAACACCUCUAAAUCUGAGAUCCAAGUGCAUAUGGACACCACUGAACAAUAACUUGUGAUGAUUCGUGUCUGUUCUACUCAUCGCUGUCCAGACAAAUCAGUAGUAAUGCUAUGUUAUUGAGCUAUGUUAGAAUUUAUUUUAAGAUCUUUAUCUUUAAAACAGCUUCUCAAUCCUGGUUAGAGAAGUUGUUUCUUUUUUUGUUCAGUGAACAAAGUACACUGCUCAAAAAAAUAAAGGGAACACUUAAACAACACAAUGUAACUCCAAGUUAACCACACUUCUGUGAAAUUAACCUGUUCAGUUAGGAAGCAACACUGAUUGACAAUCAAUUUCACCUGCUGCUGUGCAAGUAGAACAAACAACAUGUAAACAUGAGGGGCAAUCAGCAAGACAACCCCUAUAAAGUGGUUCUGGUAUAGAGUGGUUCCUCAGGUGGAGACCACAGACCUUUUCUCCGUUCUCAUCCUUUCUGGCUGAUGUUCUGGUCACUUUUGCAUUUUGUCAGUUCUCUCACCAUAGAGGUAGCAUGAGGCAGAGUUUACAACCCACAGAAGUUGCUCAGGUAGUGUAGCUCAUCCAGGAUGGCACAUCAAUGCAAGCUGGGGCAAGAAGGUUUGCUGUGUCUGUCAGCACAGAGUCCAGAGCAUGGAGCAGAUACCAGGAGACAGACCAGUACACCAGGAGACAUGGAGGGGGCCGUAGGAGGGCAACAACCCAGCAGCAGGACCGCAACCUCCUCCUUUGUGCAAGGAGAAACAGUGCAAGAGCUCUGCAAAAUGACCUUCAGCAGGCCACUAAUAUCCAUGUUUCUGCUCAAAUGAGGGUGGUAUGAGGGCCCGGCGUCCACAAGUAGAGCUUUUGCUUACAGCCCAAUACCGUGCAGAACACAAAGACUGGCAGAUUCGCCAUUGGCGCCCUGUGCUCUUUACGGAUGAGAGCAGGUUCACACUGAGCACAUGUGACAGAAUCUGGAGAUGCCAUGAUUUUGAGUAUGAUUCCAAAUCCAGACCUCAAUGGGAUAAUAAUUUAGAUUUAGAUUGAUAAUUUGUACGUUAUUUUGUUCUUAACACAUUCCACUAUGUAAUAAAUAAAGAUUUUUGACUGCAAUAUUUUA